ACACCCUUCAGAUCCUUCAGCUGUACACGUGCCUAGACCAGAUCCAGCACAUCGAGUGGUCGGCAGACUCACUCUUCAUCCUGUGCGCCAUGUACAAGCGAGGGCUGGUGCAGCUUAACUAAAUGAAGUCUUAGGAAUGACAACGUGAAUAAACCGUUUUAAAACCACAACGAAGUGAAAUCACCAAGAAGCGUGGCUUACUUUUACAGUGGAAUCCAGCACCAGCCCUUCAUCAUGAAAGGUUCUAAAAAGACACCCUGUGAGAUCGGGUCUCCGUUGGUUUUAAGGGAGUUGUCUCUCGGCGAGGCCUCGCUGUUGACUGCUGAUGAGUUUGAAGACACCCUGUACGGUCAGGUCUCUGCUGCUUUUAAGCGAGCUGUCUCUCGGCGAGGCCUCGCUGUCUCUCGGUGCUGAUGGGUUUGCACUUGGGUGUUUCUUUCUUCUCUCAAUCCAGGUCUGGUCUUUAGAGCAGCCCGAAUGGCACUGCAAAAUAGACGAGGGCUCAGCCGGGCUGGUGGCCUCAUGCUGGAGCCCGGACGGGCGCCACAUUCUGAACACCACGGAAUUCCAUCUGCGGAUAACCGUCUGGUCCUUGUGCACAAAAUCCGUAUCUUACAUCAAAUACCCAAAAGCUUGUCUGCAGGGAAUCACCUUCACCAGGGAUGGCCGCUACAUGGCGCUGGCAGAACGGCGCGACUGCAAAGAUUACGUGAGCAUCUUCGUCUGCAGUGAUUGGCAGCUCCUGCGGCAUUUUGAUACGGACACCCAGGAUCUCACAGGGAUUGAGUGGGCCCCAAACGGCUGUGUGCUGGCAGUGUGGGACACCUGCUUGGAGUACAAGAUUCUGCUGUACUCACUGGACGGCCGGUUGUUGUCUGCGUACAGCGCUUACGAGUGGUCCCUGGGCAUCAAGUCUGUGGCCUGGAGCCCUAGCAGUCAGUUUCUGGCAGUUGGGAGCUACGAUGGAAAGGUGCGCAUCCUUAAUCACGUGACUUGGAAAAUGAUCACGGAGUUUGGGCAUCCUGCAACCAUUAAUAAUCCCAAGAUAGUGGUGUAUAAGGAGGCCGAGAAGAGCCCGCAGCUGGGACUGGGCUGCCUCUCCUUCCCACCCCACCGGGCCGGGGCCGGCCCUCUCCCGAGCUCAGAGAGUAAAUAUGAGAUCGCCUCUGUCCCAGUCUCCUUACAGACGCUGAAACCUGUUACCAACAGAGCAAACCCGAAAAUCGGCAUAGGAAUGCUGGCAUUUAGUCCUGACAGCUACUUCCUGGCGACAAGGAACGACAACAUCCCCAAUGCCGUCUGGGUCUGGGACAUUCAGAAGCUGAGGCUGUUCGCGGUGCUCGAGCAGCUGUCCCCAGUGCGCGCGUUUCAGUGGGACCCGCAGCAGCCGCGGCUGGCCAUCUGCACGGGAGGCAGCAGGCUCUACCUGUGGUCCCCAGCGGGCUGCAUGUCGGUGCAGGUGCCUGGGGAAGGCGACUUUGCAGUGCUUUCUCUGUGCUGGCAUUUAAGCGGAGACUCGAUGGCCCUCCUCAGCAAGGAUCACUUCUGCCUCUGCUUCCUGGAGACGGAGGCAGUGGUCGGCACAGCCUGCAGACAGCUGGGCGGCCACACGUAGCAGCGGUGCACUAACGUGUACAGAAACGGGGCUACUCUGUGUGUUUCCAGUGUGGGAAAAAACACAGCUUCACCAGGAGGUUCUCCAUCUGUGGUGGUCCGGAUUCAGUGAUUGAUUCUAUUUUUCUAUAGAAAAGCAUUUUUGUAAAUAUGUAUGGUAUAACACUGUAGUUUUAUUAUUUAAAAUAAAUACUUGCUGAUUCAUA